AUAAGUAUAAUUGGAGCUAAACAUUACUUCAAUCCUUAAACUAAAAACUCACCUUCAUUAUUAUUAAUUAUGAUAAUGACACCACCGGACACCACAAACCUUUACAUUGCUAAGCACAAUACAAUGAAAUAAAUCAUAAUGUUUAUAUGGAUAUAAAAAAUAAAAAAAACUAUAAAUAUUUAUUUAUAAUUAAGAUCAUUUAAAAAUUCUACAACUUGUAUUUAUAUACAUAGAAUAUUAAUUUGGAUGAACAAGCAAGCAAAAAAUCUUUAAUAGAUGUUACGAUCAAACAAGUUAUCGAGGUCAUAGAUGUUGUACACAAUCAAAUCCCCUCUCGCAUUGCUACAAAUUUCUUGCAAAAUGAAGACGUGCCUUGUGUUAUUCGUUGUUUUCAUACAAAUAAGUUUAAUUAAAUCUAGUGAGUUCAAAUCACAUGAAAGAGACAGUUCUAUAUUUCCUUUUAAACUGUCAUUGAACACUGGCAGUUCGUACUAUGAAAACCCACAAUACCAACCAACAUCUUCUGGUACAAAAAUCGAGGAUACUGAAGAAGAGAAGCCAAUAUACAACAUUCAAGAUGCUCCUGAACUAUUCGAAAAAUUUAAAAAAGAUUUCAAUAAACAUUAUAGAGAUUACGAAGACGAAGAGAAACAUUAUCACGCAUUUGUGAACAGUUUAAGAGAAAUCAAUAAUGUUAAUUCAUCAGGCAAAUCGUAUUCAGCCGAUAUCAACUUUUUAUCAGAUAUUGAUGAAGACGAAUUCUCUAUUCUUAAUGGCUGAGAAGUUGCUGACAUUGAAUUUAUAGUGAGUUUGACUGGUAUCACGUAUUUCUUUCCUUUUAAAUAAAACUUAUAUCUACCAAAUAUUUAUUUUUUAUUAAAAGGUGACACAGCUUCCUUAAUCUUUUAAAUACAAUAUCUAAUAAUAUUAUGAACAGGGAUAAUUUGAUUGUUUGUUUGCAUCGAAUAGGCUCCGCUAUGAAUGUACAGUAGGUCUAUUCAGCUAAUGUUUACGUAAUAAUCGAAUCCCAAUAGAAUCUCGACAAAUUAAAGUACAUUUCACCUCUGUAUGUACAUUGUACUUAAGGAAGUAUUAUGUUAUUAGUUUAAGUCUUCCUCACAAAUCAAUAGUGACAGAUAUAUAAUAAAAUUGAACUUCAGGUUAAUAGUACAAUAGCAAAUUGCAAAUAGUAGAGAUUCUAUUUAAAGCAACUGCCUACAAUUGAAGUGUCCUAAAAGACUGCAUCAUACGCAGAUGACAUAGGCUAUAAUUUGCGCGGCCAAAGUCGCCAGAAAUCAAAUAUUAGUGCACAAGUUUAUUUUGCGUUUGUGCACCAGCUAUUUAAAUGGUUAUGCUUAUCAUUUUUCUAUAUGACAUAAACCCAUUAUUAUUUUGCAUAAAGUCAGUGUGUGUAGGAUGAUUAUCGUGACAUUUAU